AUGGCGGAGAAAGCUGGCAUGGCGCCAACUUCUAUGGAGGAACUUAAGAGCUUGAUAUUGGAUAGCAACACAACUCUGAUCAAAAAGAUGGAUGAACAUUCGAAGAAGGCAGAUAAGAGGAUGGGGGUGUUGGCUGACAAGAUUGCCCAGAAUGACAGAGUUAUAAAGAUGUUAGAAGUUGAUGUUAGAAGUUGGAACAGAUUCAUCCCCCAGCGGAAAAGGAAACCCUCCUUCGUGGUUUAUCUGCUGCUGGCAUUCUCUUACCUGCUGAUCCUCAUAUUGUUUGGAAUUGUGCUGUACAGGGUAGCAAACCUUCCCGCAGAAGUGACCAAAAUGCAUAAACAGCUUCAAGAAACCAAAGACUUCUUCCCAUGUGGCUCCAGGACCAGGGAAUGGGAAUACUUUGAUGGAGGAUGUUACUACUUCGGCAUCGAGGCGGUGACUUGGGACACAGCUAAGGCCCAUUGUGAAGAACGGAGUUCGAAACUGGUGGUCAUUAACGAAGAGGCCAAACAGAACUUCAUCGAGUCUCAAACCAGGGGUGAGCGCUACUGGAUCGGACUUAGCGAUAAGAACGUCGAAGGGGAGUGGAAAUGGAUUGAUGGCACAGAUUACAGAACCACCUUCAAGAAAUGGACAAGAGGCGAACCCAAUGACGCUGGCGAAAGAGAAGACUGUGCCCAGAUCCAUGCUGUUGGAGAAUGGAAUGACGUAGGCUGUAACUCUAAAAGCUUCUAUGUGUGUGAGAAACCUUUGCCUUCCUGAAGACGCAUAAAAGCAAGGGAGAGAAAACCACCUCCAUGGACUUCC